AUGCGUUGUCAUCCAAAUAUGAAAGCCUUAACUAUGAAGUGUCUGAGAAUCAACUGUAUCGCAACGAAGAAGCGGAUCCCUAUCAUCAUGUAUUGUCACGCUCUUGUAGCUGCAGCGAUUGAUAUCAUGCUGCACUACAGUCAAGAGAUCAAGUUUGGCUUUAUCAUCAAAAAUCGUGCGUUGAACAAUCCUUCUACUCGAAUGUGUGCGAUGUCUAUGGUUAGCUUAGGUGAUCUUCUGGGCACCGACUGCUGGAGGCUCGGGAAUUCCGCAGAUAAAGUGCUAUUUAAAUGGCAUCCAAAUACCGGAAGUCGUAAGACUGAAAACGCUGUUUCUAAAGCAAUUGGAGUUGCCUGUGCUGUAGGUGGAGGUCUGUCGGCUGGGAAGGAAGGACCAAUGAUUCAUUCUGGUGCUGUUGUGGGUGCUGGUAUUUCUCAAGGUAAAUGUCAAACUCUACAUUUUGACACUGGCUUAUUUAAAGAGUUCAGAAAUGACAGAGAACGUCGCGACUUUGUUUCGGCGGGAGCAGCCGCUGGUGUUGCGGCGGCUUUCGGAGCUCCAAUAGGCGGUGUAUUAUUCUCGCUUGAGGAAGGAGCAAGCUUUUGGAAUCAGAAUUUAACAUGGAGGAUGUUCUUUUCUGCGAUGAUCUCGGCUUUUACUGUCAAUUCAAUUCUCAGUUGGUUCAAUGGUCGCAGCGGAUGGUUGUCGUGGACAGGACUGGCUAACUUCGGCGUUUUCGAGAACAAAAACUACAACAUCUGGGAGAUUCCAUUAUUUCUGGCCGUUGGAGUUAUUGGAGGCUUGACGGGUGCUUUAUUCAAUCAUCUCAAUGCCAGGUUGACAGAGUUCAGAAAGAAAUAUAUGUCCAACAAAUGGCAGCGAUUGAUUGAAUGCCUUCUGGUAGCCGCCAUAUCAGCUUUCACUGCUUUUAUAACUCUUUUUCUGGUAGAUGAUUGCCAGCCUGUUGGUGUCAAUCCUAAUAUCACAGAAGUUAAUCAAAUGUGGUGCAAGAAAGGCGAAUACUCCGCGGUAGCAAAACUUUUCUUCCAGAAUCCUGAAGAAAGCGUGAAAUCACUUUUUCACAGCCCUAUAAAUUCAUUCCGACCCUGGACUUUGCUUAUUUUCUCGAUCGAGUACUUUCUACUUACCAUGUGGACGUUUGCUCUACCGGUACCUGCAGGAGUUUUCAUUCCGGCAAUAUUAACCGGUGCGGCUUGGGGACGACUCUUUGGCAUUGGCGUUGGUCGCGCUUUCCCAACUAUUACAGGAAUUGACCCUGGGAAAUAUGCGCUGGUUGGAGCAGCUGCACAGUUGGGAGGCAUAGUGCGGAUGACAAUAUCGCUCACAGCCAUAAUAAUGGAGGCAACAAAGGACAUUACGUUUGGAUUGCCGAUAAUGCUGGUGUUGAUGAUUACGAAGUGGGUGGGCGAUACGUUCAAUGAGGGAUUAUACGACAUGCAUAUUGAUAUUCAAGAAAUUCCGAUUCUCGGAUGGCAUCCACCAAAAAUGAGUAGAAACAUUCUGGCUGAGAAAGUCAUGCGAUCCGAUGUUGUCGCAAUGGAACGUCGUGAGCGUGUAUCAAGAGUAAUUGCUGUAUUACGGGCAACGAAUCAUCAUGGAUUCCCUGUUGUGGAUAGGAUUGAAGAAUCACCGCUUUCAUCACUUCCUGAUUAUGGGCACUUGAAAGGAGUAAUACUGAGAAGCCAGCUGAUCACAUUACUCGAGAAACGGGUCUUUUAUUCUGAAAUGAUGGCUCGAAAGGUACAACAAGACAAAUCUGUUGACUCUCUGAGAUUGUCUGCUUCGGAUGAGCAGUGCUGGAUGGAUCUUGAACCUUUCAUUCAUCCUCAUCCGCACCGCGUACCCCUCAAUGCUUCACUACCGUUCAUCUUCCAGUUAUUCCGUGGGCUCGGACUGCGAUAUCUCACAGUAGUCAACGAUGAUAAUAAACUUCGCGGUAUCAUUACACGGAAGGACGUUGCUCGAUUUAGAGAGCGUCGCUCCAACAGAAAAUAUCAAGUGCGGGAGUUAUAUAUUGCCGAAGACAGAACGAAUGAAUUCACGAUGAGCUUGUUAUCAUUCUCUGUUCUCGUUGAAUUGUGUAGAAUACAAUCUUACUGUGCUUACUCAGUGAUAUUUGUUUGGCUACAAAUAUUUACGGACCAUUUUCACCCCUUCACACUUGCCGCCUUGAUCUUUAAUAAUUUAGCAUUCUUCUUCAAUAGGAUGUUAAUUCCUCUGCUGAGCGUGAUAGUGGCUGGGUGUGUCGCCGAGUGGGUGGUGGAUUUGGAGUAUUCUUUGAACAGUUUGAACGAUGUCCAUCCUCUCGGAAAAAUUGAGCUACGAAGGUCGUUUGACGGUAAUUAUACGGCAACGUUUCGAGCGGCAAGUGGUAAUCGGUUAAGUGAAGGGAUGGCUGCCGAUCCUGCGUCCACAUAUCUGGUAUUGGCGAGGAGCUCAACUCACCCGAAGGAUCAAUUGAUGUCAUCUAGCAAAACGUGCUUGCUGCUACAAUCGAAUCUGUUCCACUACUUCUGGCUGUCUGUCGACGCAGAACGGCAACUUGUUCAGUCAUUGACAGUGUUUCCGGAUAUAGUGGCAGCUGGUGAUAAGCCACUCGAUUCAAAUCUUGACUGUUCUCAGCUGGUCAUUUCAACUUCUGUUCAACCAAGUGCUGUCGUGCACGUAAACACCAAAGGAGUACUUCCGACACCUGACACUCAGUUGUUCGUUCAAAUGAUGGAAAGAGAACGACGAGCGCGACAGCAUGGAGCAGAAGCAGACGAUAGAAGUUUCUUAGGGAAAUAUUGGAUGUACAUUGUUCCUGUUGUGGUAUUCGUUGUGAUUUCGAAUGCGAUGACACCAGAUGGAGGAGGUGAAGGGUAA